AUGACUUCAGCAAAACGCCCAAUCCGGAUCGCCGGAUCUUCUGGCGGUUUCUCCGACCGCCAGCGAGCGAUUGGUGACUUGGCGAAGAACUGCGACAUUGACUGCAUCAUCGGAGACUGGCUCUCGGAAUGCACAAUGACCUUGCAUGGUGCCCAAAAGGCCGAGAAUGAAACUCUCAAGCAGUCGGGAGCUCUGAAAGAAGAGCCCGUAGGCCUCUUCGACCCAACCUUCAUGGACAACCUUGCUCCUGCCCUCCCAUAUCUCAAGUCUAAGAGCAUCAAGGUGGCAGUCAACGCUGGAGCUAGCGACACCGAGUUACUAGCCAAGCUUGUUGAAGAAGAGGUUAAGAAGCAAGGGCUCGACCUCAAGGUUGGCUGGGUCAGCGGAGACGAGGUGACGGAUACCGUCAAGAGACUCUUCGACAAUGGCGAAGUGUUCCCUAGCUUGAUGAACGGCAAGCCUCUCAAGGAAUGGGGCCAUGAAAUUAUUUGCGCUCAAUGUUAUCUUGGUGGUGCUGGCAUCGCCGAGGCUCUACGCCAGGGUUGCGACAUCGUCAUCGCCGGCAGAGUGGCUGACGCUGCUCCUACAAUCGGUGCGGCUAUGUGGUGGCACGGAUGGGACCGUGAGACGGAUCUCGACCAGAUUGCAGGUGCAUUGGUCACCGGCCAUCUUAUCGAAUGCUCUUCAUAUGUCUGCGGUGGUUAUUACUCUGGAUUCAAGAGACUGAUGGACAGCUGCGCAAACAUCGGUUUCCCCAUUGCUGAAGUUGAAUGCGAUGGGACGAGCGUCAUUACCAAGGAAGCAAACACUGGCGGAGAGGUGUCGGUUGGGACAGUGUCCUCCCAGCUUCUAUAUGAGAUUCAAGGCCCAUUAUACUACGGCUCCGAUGUCACCGCCAAUCUGGAAGGAAUUGUCAUGGAGGACAUUGGCAAAGAUCGAGUGCGGGUGAGCGGCGUCAAGGGCCAUCCUGCCCCAUCGACGACCAAGGUCGGUCUCACAGCUUUCGGAGGUUACCAGGCCGAAUUCCAUUACUACCUGGUCGGAUUAGACCUGGAAGAGAAGGCUGAGUGGACAGAGAGGCAGAUCCGACACUCCAUCGGCGACGCCAUCAAAGACCUCACCUGCCUCAAAUUCACCCUCAACGGAUACAGCCCAGAAAACCCCCGAAACCAGGAAGUAUCUACCGUGGACUUCCGAAUCUUCGUCCAGACCAAGAAGAAGGCGCUCGUCGACAAGUUCACACUCGACGUGCCCGGAUUCAACCGCUGGUGCAUGGAGAACUUCCUCCAGAGCUGCCCCGGCGCAUCGCUCGGCAACGACCAGCGCCAGAGCGAGGGCAAGCCCUUCUACGAGUACUACGUGACCCUCCUCCCCCAGGCCGAGGUCAAGCACCAGGUCGAGCUGCCGUUCCUCGGGAAAUCCAUCGACAUCCCCGUCCAGAAGAACGUCCGCCCCGACUACCCCCGCGACCAGAAGUCGUACGAGACCAAAGACCCCGUCGACCUCGCAACCUUCGGUCCCACCACCCGCGGACCUCUCGGCUGGGUCGUCGGUGGUCGAUCUGGCGACAAGGCGUCUGACGCCAACGUGGGUUUCUACGUGCGCCACGACGACGAGUGGGACUGGCUUCGAAGCGUCCUCACCAUCGACAAGAUCAACCAGCUGCUGGAAGGCAGCAACAAGGGGAAGAAGAUCGAGCGGUUCGAGAUCCCGGGUAUCCGAGCUGUGCACUUCCUCCUCCGGGACCACCUUGACCGUGGAUUCAACUCUACAAGCGAGUAUGAUACCUUGGGGAAGAAUGUUUGCGAGUAUCUCCGCGCAAAGUAUAUAGAUAUCCCCAACAAGUUCUUGCGCAGAGGCCGGUUUUAA